AGCAAUUGUGCAGCCAGCCCUCCAGGCUCCAUCACGACAUAAUUUUAUAGGUCCCAUGUUUAUUUUAGUCCUCAUCCUUAUCCACAUAGCUUUCUCCUAUUUCCACUCCCAAUUCCCAAAUUACCACACCAUCCUUCAGCUAUUAGUGCGUAGUGGAAGUAGAGAAAGUACCCUGAAAAACACUAAUUUCAUUAUCUUUUUCCAAAGCACACCGAGUCACCGACUGUUGUAGAUAUUUUAUCACCAAACAUUAUCUAUUUAUCACCCUCACAAGCCACCACUAAACUUCACACUCGCUCAAAAAAAAAAGGGUAAAAUCAGAAGAGAGAAGGGAAAAAAAGAAGUUUGAGAAGAAAAAGAUGGUGCUUCUUGAUCAACUCUGGGAUGACGUCGUCGCCGGGCCUCAGCCCGAACGCGGCCUCAAACACCUCAAGAAAGUCUACACCAAGCCCAUCAACAUCAAAGAGGGUGGAGAGAGUAGCAGCGGCGCCAAGUACGGCAGAUCUGUGUCUAUGCCGGAGAGUCCCGGGACGCCGCCGACGCCGGGAACGCCGUCGCCGACGGGGGCGAAGAGGGAGAACGUGUGGCGGAGCGUGUUUCAUCCGGGGAGCAACCUGGCCACUAAGACCAUCGGCUCCAAUUACUUUGACAAGCCACAGCCAAACUCCCCCACUGUCUAUGACUGGCUGUACAGUGGGGAGAGUAGGAGCAAACAUCGCUGAAGUAAAAAAGAGUGUUGGGAUCACCGGCAAUUGGAUCUUGGAUGUAAAUUUUGUAAAUAGUGUGUGACGAUUUCCAAGUUUUCAUGUGAUUAGAGCUUUGUUUUAUCUAUUUAUCUAUCUGCUGCUUUUGUGGGACUACUUUUUCUACUUUUGUGUGUAAAAGUAAGCACACUGUAGGUUUUAUUGUAAAACUUUAUGGACGGUGUGGAUCAUCUGUCUUAUUGUAUUUUCUUUGGUUUUUCUGUAAUAUAAGUGGACUGGUAAUUUUUCUGUAGCAAUGGAGUUUAUUUUCUUUAAUAGCUGCACUUUAAUUAAUCGUAAAUUAAGAAAUUAU